ACCUCCCGUAACCAAUGGAGCCGCGACGCUGGGGUGACUUACGGCGACGGCUUCUGCGUGACGUUCGAUGAUGCAACCUCUGAGUUGAGGAGGCCGCCGGCGCACGCCGAGGGGAGACCAGGCGGCUGCGUGUUGCCGGCGAUGUCCUUGAAGGUGGCCAGGGCGCCCGCAGGGAUGGUACUCGCAGAGCUGUAUGUCUCCGACCGAGAGGGAAAUGAUGCUACUGGUGAUGGAACCAAGGAGAAACCUUUUAAAACAGGCCUUAAGGCUUUGAUGACAGUUGGAAGAGAACCCUUUCCUACCAUUUACGUGGAUUCACAAAAAGAAAAUGAGAGGUGGGAUGUUAUCUCUAAGUCCCAGAUGAAGAACAUCAGGAAGCUGUGGCACCGGGAGCAGAUGAAGAGUGAGUCCCGGGAGAAGAAGGAGGCAGAAGACAGUUUGCGAAGAGAGAAGAACCUGGAAGAAGCAAAGAAGAUCACCAUUAAAAAUGACCCAAGUCUUCCAGAGCCGAAAUGUGUGAAGAUUCGGGAACUAGAAGGAUAUAGAGGCCAAAGGGUAAAGGUAUUUGGCUGGGUCCACAGGCUGCGUCGGCAAGGAAAGAAUUUAAUGUUUCUAGUGUUGCGGGACGGUACGGGUUUUCUCCAGUGUGUCUUGUCAGACGAUUUGUGUCAGUGUUACAGCGGUGUUGUCUUGUCCACUGAGAGCAGUGUCGCAGUGUAUGGAAUGCUGAAUCUUACCCCAAAGGGCAAGCAGGUGAGUGUGUUGAGUUUCUCAGAGAAGAGUGUAUGCUUGUUGCUUUCCAGUGUCUUUAGGCUGGAAAGGUAUACUAAAAUGUUGACAGUAGUUAGUGGUUACUCCAGGUCUUUAGUGCAAACACAGGUGGAAGGCGGUUCCACACUCUUCAAGCUGGACUAUUUUGGGGAAGAGGCAUAUCUGACCCAGUCCUCUCAGCUCUACCUGGAGACCUGCAUUCCUGCUCUGGGAGAUGUCUUCUGUAUUGCACAGUCAUACAGGGCGGAACAGUCCAGAACACGAAGGCACCUGGCUGAAUACACUCACGUGGAAGCUGAGUGUCCUUUCCUGACCUUUGAGGAGCUCCUGAGCCGAUUGGAGGACUUGGUGUGUGACGUGGUCGAUAGAGUCUUGAAAUCACCUGCAGGAAGCAUAGUGCGUGACCUCAACCCGAAUUUUAAGCCCCCUAAACGGCCUUUCAAACGGAUGAACUAUUCAGAUGCUAUUGUGUGGCUGAAAGAACACAACAUAAAGAAAGAAGAUGGAACCUUCUAUGAAUUUGGAGAGGACAUCCCGGAAGCUCCAGAGAGGCUGAUGACAGACACCAUCAACGAGCCCAUCCUGCUGUGUCGCUUUCCCGUGGAGAUCAAGUCCUUCUACAUGCAGCGCUGUCCCGAGGACCCCCGCCUCACCGAAUCUGUCGACGUGUUGAUGCCCAAUGUUGGUGAGAUCGUGGGUGGCUCCAUGCGUAUCUGGGAUAAUGAAGAGAUCCUGGCAGGUUACAAAAGAGAAGGGAUUGACCCUACCCCCUAUUACUGGUACACGGACCAGAGAAAGUAUGGCACGUGUCCACAUGGUGGCUAUGGCCUGGGCUUGGAACGAUUCUUGACCUGGAUUCUGGACAGAUACCACAUCCGAGAUGUGUGCUUGUACCCUCGGUUUGUCCAGCGCUGCAAGCCGUGACCGGAUCCCCCCUCCGCCCCCUGACCCCCAGAGCUUUAAGGAAAGAGCACAAUUCAUGGAAGGAAUAGACUGCCUCCUAAAAACAAAAAAACCCAAAAUCUUCCCCCCGCCUUUUUUUUAUUUCACUGGGGUAUGUCCGUUUCUGUUUUCUCUUUUUUAUUCCUGCUACCACAGAAAGCAGUUCAGAACAUUUUGAAUAUCAAGUAACAUCGAUGUUAUCAUUUUAAGAAAAAAAUACCUGUUAAAAAGUUUGGGAGAAACUCUGGCAUGUAACUCUGCAGUUAGGAGUAUGUCUCAGCGCUUUAUCCACCUUUAGGUUGUAAUCUUUAUGUCGUAUGUACCACAUAUAUCAUUAAAUAAUUUUAAAUUAUGAUCAGACAUUCCAGUAAUUUAAUCUCUGUCCUUUUGAGUGUAACUGGAAUUCUUUUAAUUUAUAUCACUUUAUUGUAUCAAUGAGUUCAACACCUUGGGGAAAAAUUGACAAUAUGCUGUAAAAAUCUGCUAGUAUUAGAACAAAGCAUAAAUCAGCAGAUAUGGGAAUAAUAUGACUACAGUCUUUUGCAUCAGUUGUGAAUCUUUUCUAAAUCUCAUAGCUGCAUAUAACUCUAAAGCAUACAAAUUGGUGUGGAAGAAUUUGUAAAAAUGGAAUUACCUUGAACAGUUCGAAGUGACAGCAAGUUUUUUGUUUUGUGGCACAUCAGUGAGCAGCUUUCUUUCUUGCAUUAGUUUAAACUAAAGAGGCAGGGUGAUCUUCUCUCUAUCCUGAUAGUUCCAGAGUAGUUCAGAACAGAAGUUCCCGAAGUGUUUGUAGCUGGCAUCUUAAGGACAGCCCUCUGUGGUUGUUGGAGUCACCCCCCACGCUUUGUCUUUAGAGCUAAUCUCUCUUACCUUAUUAACUCUCAGGCUUAUUGAACGGCUUCCUUUCAGGUUUGGUUAAUUUCUCCCCUCAAAUGCAUGUCAGUGUAUUCUCAAUAAGCUGUAUUCCCAGCAAUCAAUAAAUGGACACACAUAAAAACUUUUUGCCGACUUA